AUGGCCGGCGCUGCCGCGAUCAAGGCUGCCAUCGUUGCCGUCCUCUUCCUCCUGGUGACCGGCCUGCAUGCUACCGAUCACGUUAGCGGCAACGGCGAUGGGGGCGACGACGACGAGAGACAGGUAUACAUCGUGUACAUGGGGCAUCCACCGGCAGGGGAGGAGAAGACGGCCGGCGGCUUCUCCGUUGCCCACCGCGAGCUUCUGAGCCGGGCCCUCGACCUAGAUCACAGCUCCGCUCACGAGAGGAUCAUCUACAGCUACCAGAGGACCCUGAAUGGAUUUGCAGCAAGACUCACAAAAGAGGAGAAAGAAAAGCUCUCUAGCAUGGAGGGUGUCGUGUCAAUCUUUCCAAGCAGGACGCACCAGCUUCUCACGACACGAUCAUGGGACUUCCUAGGCUUCCCUAAGGCAGCAAAGCGAAGCCUGGAGCUCGAGGGAGACGUCAUCAUCGGCAUGCUCGACACCGGCGUGUGGCCGGACUCCCCCUCCUUCUCCGACGAGGGCUUCGGGCCGCCGCCCAGCAGAUGGAAGGGCGCCUGCCUUAACUUCACCUGCAACAACAAGAUCAUCGGCGCUCGCGCGUACAACCACGGAUCGUCCACCGCCACGCUGUCGCCGGUGGACACCCACGGCCACGGCACCCACACGGCGUCGACGGUGGCCGGCCGGGCGGUGGGGAACGUCAGCCUCGGCGGCCUGGCCGCGGGCACGGCCCGGGGCGCCGUGCCGGGCGCCAGGCUCGCCAUAUACAAGGUUUGCUCGGACGACGGCUGCAGCGACGCGGACAUGCUGGCGGCGUUCGACGACGCCGUGGCCGACGGCGUCGACCUGAUCUCCUUCUCCAUCGGGGGCGUCCUGCCGGCCCAGUACUUCGAGGACGCGGCCGCGAUCGGCUCGUUCCACGCCAUGAAGGGCGGGGUGCUCACGUCGGCCGCGGCGGGGAACUCCGGGUUGGAGAACGGGCGUGUCACCAACGUCGCGCCGUGGAUUCUGUCCGUCGCCGCCAGCAGCACCGACCGCCGGCUCGUCGACAGGCUGGUGCUCGGAAACGGCAAGACCAUCGUGGGAGCCUCCAUUAACAACUUCCCCGAGCUGAAGGAUGCUCCAUUUGUUCUUCCAAUUAAUGGUUCUUGUGAAGCAGAAUCACUGGCCGUGGCCGGACGGUUAUACAAGGGGAAGAUCCUGCUCUGCGCCUUUUCUGGCAACGGCAGCGGGCCGGCAACCGUAGGCGCUGCCGGCGCGGUCAUCGUCACCGACCGGCCCGACAUCGCGUUUUCGCUGCCCCUCCCCGCCGUCAUGGUUUCCCAGCACCAGUUCACUAGAAUCAUGGCCUACUUCAACAGAACACGAAAUCCUGUGGGCACCAUCCUCGCCAGCGAGUCGGCCUUCGAUUCUCAGGCCCCCAUCGUGGCCAGUUUCUCUUCUCCAGGCCCAAACAUGAUCACCCCUUCGAUCUUGAAGCCUGACCUGUCCGCGCCGGGGAUCGACAUCCUGGCGGCGUGGUCACCGCUGUCGCCGGUGUCCGGGAGGAGCGUGGCCUACAGCAUCGACUCGGGAACGUCCAUGGCGUGCCCGCACGCGACCGGCGCCGCGGCCUACGUCAAGUCCUUCCACCCCGACUGGUCGCCGGCGAUGAUCAUGUCGGCUCUCAUCACCACAGCGACUCCGAUGAACUCGUCACGCAACCGCGGCGGCGGCGAGCUCACCUACGGCGCGGGGCAGCUCAACCCGGUGAGGGCGCGGGACCCGGGCCUCGUGUACGACGCGCGGGAGGGCGACUACGUGCGCAUGCUGUGCGCCCAGGGGUACAACUCCACGCAGCUCCGGCUCGUCACCGACUCCGACGGCGCCGAGCCCUGCCGCGGCGGCCGGAGAGGGUCCGCGGCCGACCUCAACUACCCGACCAUGGCGGUCCGCGCCGCUCCGGGGAAGAACUUCAGCUCGCACUUCCCGCGCACCGUCACCAACGUCGGCGUGCCCGGGUCGGUGUACGUUGCCAAGGUCGUCAGCUCGCGGCCUGAGCUCGUCCGCGUCGCAGUUUCGCCGAGGAGACUGGUGUUCAGCCAGCUCCGUCAGAGGCUGUCGUUCACCGUGACGGUCUCCGGCGUGUUGGGUGGGGCGGACGAGUUCGUGUCGGCGGCCGUCGUGUGGUCAGACGGGGAUCGCCAUGUGAGAAGUCCGGUGAUUGUCCAUACUGUGGAUGUUUAA